CUCCAGCAUUCUACAUUAAAAAACGUGUAGUGAAAAGUAACAAGUCGCCUACUAUUAAAAUGCCUUCCAAAAUGAAGCCUAGACUUUCGCGUGGUGUCUUGGAUAUGAAAUUCAUGCAACGCACUAAAGUCAAAGUGGCCAAAGAAGCGGACGACGAACAGAGUCGCGCCCUGUACUCUAAUGAGCUAAACGAAAAAAUGUUGAACAGCAAUUCCAAUUUUAUUGUUGAACCCAGUUAUUCCAUUUGCGAGGGACUCAUCGAUGGACGUCUCAGUUUUCGUGGCAUGAAUCCAGAGCUGGAACGGUUAAUGGAGCUGGAGCAGGCGGAAAAGGAGGGCAAGACGAGACCGGAGCAGCCCAAAGAUGUCACCGACCAAGAAAUGGUGGAAACUUAUUACGCCAAUCAGGCACCGGCCGCAAGUAAAACGAUGAGCAAAAAAUUCAGUACGAAAAACGAGUUUCACAAGCGUAAAUCGAAUGAAAACCCAAAGUGGCAAAAGAAGGCGCAUUUUAAAAAGCCGCGCCAGGAAGACUAGCAUAUUCUUUAUAUAAAAGAAACAUACAUAUAUAAACAUUAAUGAAUUAGCUCGUAAAUAAAUUUAUUCAGCUACAUUCUGUUUGUACUUGCUUAAUCGCCUGUAAAGCGUAACAUAAUUGUGUCGAGUUUAUCCAGCGCCAAGUGUUUCUCCAAAAGUCGUAGGUGCUGCCGUUUAUCAGAACAGUUUGACAGUUCACUGUGAAGAUUGGUUACAAAUGUCAUAAAAAUUAA